CUGUGUCGGUAAUUAAGUUUCAUGUGUACUAUCCUAGAAUGUUAAAUAUCAACUAUCGUCAAUCGUAAAACAUUCCAAAAAUAAAGGAUAUAUACAUUUAUUUAUAAGAUUACAUAAAAGUGAUAAUUGUAGGAUUAUUUUCAUGUAAUAUCAGUGUAUAUAGUAUCAUCAUGACCAAUUUAAUUGAUGCACAUUGGUUUCCGUUGGCUUCGCAAAGCAAUAUUUAUUCAAUGACACAGUUAUGUUCACUUAGUGGGGUUAAUAAAGUUUUGGUGGCAUCUUUAAAAAGAAAGAUAUACUCGUGCGAAUAUCAUAUUACGCCAAAAUGGAAUUUGAGGCCAGUAGUCAAGGAAUUACUCUUCACGUACAUUCCUAAUGGGGCUGAAAUUAUUGCAAUUGAUGCUUAUAACAAAAUGGAUGUAGGUGAUGGAUUUGUUAUAGGAAUAACAAUUAUUAAAACAAGCACGAAUACAUCAGUUGAAAGAUACUUGAAUAUAUAUUCUGAAGGUGUCGUAGAUGGAGAAGGAGAUGAAAAUAAUACAAUUGAAACUAUAGCACAAAACUGUCUUAUGGUAGAAUUAUCAUAUACUCCAUAUCAUUUAUAUCAUACGAUAUUACCACAUCAAGCUUCUGGCAAUGAGGUCAUUUGGUUAAUUUCUGGAAGUGAUUAUAAGAUUCAUAUGAUUAUGGAAGAUAAAUUAACUCAUGGGUAUAUCGAACCAUCUAUCGAAAAAUAUUUUCCAGAACUACAUAAUAUUCAAGCUAUUUGCUUAUGGAUAAGUGUUUAUUAUUUUGAUAAUUAUAAAUGGCGACUCAGUGCUAUUGGAUGUGAAUGUGGUUUAGUCAAAGUAACUUUAGUGGAUGUCUUAGAAAUACAGAUGGUUAGAAAUUGGUCAUUGAGAUAUGAUAAACCAAUUUCUAGUAUACAUAUAUUUCCUCAUAGAAAUAAUAUUCCUUCACCAUCAUCAUUAAAUUAUGAAUGUAAAUCUAAAGAAUCAUUCUCAGAUGAGGAUCCAAUAUUGAACAUCUUGAUUGGUAAUACAAGCAAUGCUAUUGUUUUUAUGGAUAUUUUGCAUUUUGGAAUGGAAAAAGACAUGAUAUUAAAUGGUAGUGAUUUAUCAGAUUGUAUAUUAUGUACAUGUGUUGCGGAUAUAAACAUGGAUGGUCAAAAUGAAAUACUAUUAGGGACAUAUGGACAGGAAGUUUUAAUUUUUGCAUUAUCAGGUGAUACAUGGGAAUUAUCUGUACGAAAAUUAUUUGAUGCUCCUGUGCAUUCUAUAUCUUAUAUGGAUAUAACCAAUGAUGGCAUGAAAGAACUUAUUGUUCUUACGCAACGAGGAGUGCAUAUAUUACAGCAUAAUACAGUACUUGUUAAAGAUAAAUGGAAAGAAAUGUUUAAAAAUUUGUUAAUUAAGAGUGGUAGGUGAAAAUAAUGAAAUGUCAAUCCAUAUAAUAUUUUGUUCUUGAAUUCAUUAUAAUACAAAAAAAAACCCCAUUGCUAACGUAAUUCUUUUUUUAAAUUAAUUUGUAUUUUUAUACAUAUAAAAUUUUGAAAAAGAAAUUAAUACAAUAAAUAAUAAUGUCGUGCGAAAUAACUCUUACUUUCAGUUGUAAUAUAUUAUAUAUUAUCCUUUAGUAUUUAUUCAUACUGUUUAUAUUAUAUAAUAAUUUAAAACAAAUUAUAUAGAGUUGAAGAUUUCCUUUUCAAAAGUCUGCAAUAAACAAAAAAAAGAUAAAACGAUAUAGAAAGACAUUUUAAAGCUUACAAUUUUCGCGCCGUCUGACCGGUGAAGGUGCGCCAGGUACACUAAUGAUCAUGUGACCAUAUCGCAACGUCAUUGGACGGUAUGACGAUCGACGGUCGAUGUCGAGGAGGGAGCAUCGAUCAGAACUUGUACGUGAUUGGCUCGUCUGAGGGAGGUAGGAAUAGUGGGGGGAGGAUAGCGAGGUCGCCAUCUUAAAGCAAUUCGCGAUAGCCUCUCGUCGCCGGUGCGAAGCCGAGCUGUUGUCGUCGUGGUUGUCGUUUUCGUCGUUCUCGUCGUCGCGAUCAGAGCUGAGCCGUAUUAGCCUGGCGAGCGUGUUAAACGCGAGCGCGAGCUCGUACGGCUCCGGUAGGUGAUAUACGCGAGAAAAAGAGUAGAAAGAGAGAAUUUGGGUGAGGAGAGACAGAAGUAUAUCUGUCGGAGGGACAGUUAAUCAACGUUUAACGUCUCGUGCGGGAGACACUUAGGUGGUGCCAAUUCGACAUUUAAUUUUCUUUUCCUAUCCCGUGUCUUCCACUAUCUUGUUCGUGUAAUCGUGUUAUCUCUCUCUCUCUCUCUCUCUCUCUCUCUCUC